AUGGAGACCCCACUGCCCCGCGGGUGGAAGCCCCUCCACCUCGACCGCUACGACGGCACCACGGACCCCGACGAGCACAUCGACUCGUACACAACUCAGGUAAACCUCUACACUAAUAGUGAUGCUAUAUUGUGUAGGGUUUUUCCGACCUCGCUCAAGGGACCCGCGCUCCAUUGGUACACCCAACUACCGGCCGGAUCCAUCGACAGCUUUGGCACCCUGGUGCGGCGAUUCAUGGCACAAUACGCCACCAGUCGACCUCACCACACAACCUCGACUGCCUUGGCCAAUCUCAGGCAGAACGACGAUGAACCUCUGCGAGCUUUCAUGGAGCGCUUCUCCAACAUCUCGGUUCGAAUCCGAAAUCUCAACCCGGAGGUCGCCCUGCACGCCAUGCUCAUGGCACUGAAGCCCGGAUCAUUCGUCGACAGUCUAUGUCGUGAUGCCCACCGCGACAUGAACGAACUGCGUGCCCGCGCCGCCGGCUACAUUCAGAUGGAAGAGCACUCGGCCUUCCGCGACCAAGUUCGCGGGAAGGGUCCCGCAAAACCGGAACAGGGUCACAAAGAUAAGGUAAAAGUCAAUAAUGACAGCCAAUUCAAGAAGUCGGCCAGGGCAACCAGAGGCGGGAGGUAUGACUUCUACACUCCCCGGAACGCCCCAAGAGUCCACAUCCUGGAGGAAGCCAGUAACAGUAACCUACUAGCCCUCCCACCACCCGGCCACACUCCCAACAGCGCCGAUAAGUCCAAGCACUGCCGGUGCCACAGGAACUAUGGCCACACCACGGACGACUGCCGCACGCUCUGGGAUCGCAUCGAAGAACUCAUCCAGGCAGGCCACCUCGGCCAGUACAUCCAGCGACAGCAAGGUUCCCGAGGAGGCUCUAGAGGCCGGGGACGCGGGAGAGGCCGCGGGUCAGGAACUCCCACAGACUUACCCACAGGGUCCCAUCAAAAUGCCAAUGACGCAGUACAUGCCGAAAUAGGUCAGGAGACAGAAUCAGCCCCCUUGCGGGGAAUAAUCAACACAAUCGCAGACGGCUUCGCCAAAGGAGGCGCCAGCAGCUCGGCCCGGAAAAGACACCUUCGAAGUAUCAACUGCUUCCACUCCACCGCCUCAAUCUCGCACAAGAGCUCGCCACCGAUCUCUUUUUCCGAUGAGGACUAUGCAGGAAUCAGUCCUAACCAAGAUGAUCCCAUGGUCAUCGUGGUAGAGAUCGCCAACUGGGAAGUACAAAAGACGCUCAUCGACCAAGGGAGUUCGGCCGACGUCCUAGCAAACCAAAAGACAGCUCGGCAAUGCUACGCCGAGAGCCUGAGGAUCUCCUCGUCCGGCAAGGAAAGCAAGGGGAAUCCCCCCACCGCGCCCCAUUAG